GUACGCGAGAUACUUUAUUGCUUAUCUUUUUGAGAUUUAAUUAUGUUAGCGUUAUAUUUUUUAACAUGCCGCUAAUCUAUGGCUUAAUUAUUUGUUGAUGAACUGAGUAAGUGUAUGUUUCGUACUUUAUGUAGUUACAGUCUGGAAGCAAUUUAAGUUUGUUGAUAUUUAAUCAAAAGAAAUAGAAAAGAUGGCCAAACAGGUAAAAGAACCCGUCUCAAUAGAUGCCCUUCCAGAUGGAGGAUGGGGAUGGAUGGUUGUUCUUGGAGCAGCGGUAAUUAAUAUGGUCAACCAAGCACUAUUCUCUGUCUUUGGUUUAAUUUUUGGAGAGACCCUUAAGGAAAUGGCUGGGGGACAUGCAACUGGAAUAACUCUUGUGAUGGCAGUGAGUGUGUGUGUCACUAACUUUUCUGGUCUAUUAGUGGGUCCUAUGAUUAAAAGACGCAUUAGUGUUCGGACUAUAACCAUAUUUGGUGUAGCAAGUGUUAGUGCUGGAAUGAUCUUAUCAAGUUUUGCAACUGCUAUUUGGCAUAUUGUUAUUAGUUACGGAUUUUUGACUGGUAUGGGGCUAGGAUUAGUAGCUUCUUCAACAUUUCUAGCCAUAAGCGAGUAUUUUACAACAAGAAAAAGCACAGCAGUAGGUCUAUCGAUGGCUGGAACCAGCACCGGCCAAAUGGUCAUGCCUACUAUAGUCGGUUUAUUAAUAGAAAAAUAUGAUUUUCAUAGGACUACCCUUAUCUUAGGCUGCGUGAGCUGUUGUGGAAUGAUAGGAGCUUUUUUAUUUAGGCCGAUUUUCUGUUGUAAAAAGCCGUCUGAUAACAAUGUAGCGGAGACGGGAAAAUACGAUCUCAACAGUAACAGUAACGUAUCUAGAGAACGUAAAAGUGAAAAUAUACAACCUGACAGCGCAGAAUCUCAAGUUUUAUUGGCAGAGGAUGAUAAGAAUGGUGUUACACUACAAGAGAAGAAAGACAAGGAACCGCCUUUUAUAAUAGUUUCAAAGGAAAGCAUGCUCCAAAAACGCCCUUCGUGUCUCAGAAAGGUGGUGCAGACCUGGGAUCUCCACCUACUCCAAGAUUUCAAAUUUGUUCAUAUGUCACUAGGCUUAGGACUGGGCUAUGUCAGCUCUAUAACCUUCAGCACAUUUUUUCCUAUGUUUUUGCAAGAUGAGGUACAUUUUACAAUGUGGCAGACUACAACAUGUAUGACUGCACUUUCAGCAGCUGACAUAGUUGGCAGAAUGACUAUUUCUGAGAUCUUCAGAAAGCUAGGAAUGGGAAAUCGAUCUCAGUUUAUGGUUGGAGCUCUAUUGCUAGCUGUAGCUAGAUCGUUACUGGUAUAUUCCACGACGUAUACUAUGGUCAUGAUAAUGUCAGUAGUUGUGGGUUAUUUAAGAGCAAUCACAGUAAUUAACCAAAACCUAGUAAUAUCGGAGUAUAUUCCAAAAGAAGAACUUCCAUCUGCCGUAGGGCUUAACAUGCUGGUGAAGGGUUUCUUCGUAAUUUCUGUAGGAGAACCUUUGGGUAUGCUUAAGGAUGCUUGGGACUACGACGUAUGCAUUCACUUAUUAGAUGUGAUCCUGAUAUGUAUCGCAAUAUCUUGGUCAAUAGAAAUUAUUUUAUACAAGAAAUGUCACUGGAUAAAUCAGCAAGAAAAAAAAUCGUUAGACAAUUACACCGCCGCAGCUUCGGUAGAGAAUUAAUAAAAACAAUGACGUUCAUUAUAAAUUUUAUGACUUAUCUAUGUGAGUUGAUUUGAUAUUCCUAUAUUAUUUACUUAAACUAUUUGUAUGUAUUUUUAAAGUACAAAAUAUAUAGAAAAAUAUUAUGUACAUGAAAUUGUGAUAUUUAGGACUUAAGAAGAGUUUAAAAUUAUUUUAUUAUAUAAGAACAUAUAUUUUAUAUAGAAACAUUGAACACUUUUAUAAUGAAAGUGUAGAUUUUUAUUUCUCUUAGAUUUUUCUAUUUAAACAUAUUUAAACAA